AGAGAGCGGGCACUCCGGCCCCGAGAGAGAGCGGGCACUCCGGCCCCGAGCUCGCAGCUCCCGCUCCCGGCCCUCGGUAGCACCCCGCUUCGGCUCCGGGGAGGGGGCGAUGGACACAGCCCUGCUUUUCUCCCUCUGCCUCCUGGCCCAGGGUCUCACGCUCUCCCUGGGGAUGACCGUGCCUCCCAGCCCGCUUUAUCUCUGGAGACAUCCAGCUGGGCUGAAUCGAGUCCGGAGAGCCUGGGUCAUCCCACCCAUCAGCGUGUCCGAGAACCACAAGCGGAUUCCCUACACCCUGGUGCAGAUCAAAUCGGAUAAACAACAGCUGGGGGGUGUCAUCUACAGCAUCAAGGGCCCGGGAGUAGACGAAGAGCCUUUUGGAAUUUUCUCCAUCGAUAAGUUUACUGGCAAGGUGUUCCUCAAUGCCAUGCUGGACCGAGAGAAGACUGACCACUUCAGGCUAAAAGCUUUUGCCUUGGACCUGGGAGGAUCCACCCUGGAGGACCCAACUGACCUGGAAAUCGUGGUAGUGGAUCAGAAUGACAACCGGCCUGUCUUCCAACAGGAAGUAUUCACUGGCCACAUCCUGGAGGGAGCCAUCCCAGGCACCUACAUAACAAAGGCCGAAGCUACGGAUGCUGAUGACCCAGACACAGACAACGCAGCCCUGAGGUACUCCAUUCUGGACCAGGGCGAGACAGAGCUCUUCAGCAUUGAUGAGCACACGGGGGAGAUCCGAACCGUGCAAGUGGGGCUGGAUAGAGAGGUGGUUGGAGUGUACAAUCUGACUCUGCAGGUGGCCGAUAUGUCUGGGGAUGGGCUCACCAACACUGCCACAGCCAUCAUCUACGUGGACGACAUCAAUGACAAUGCCCCGGAAUUCACUAGGGAGGAGUUCUCCGUGAGAGCCGACGAGGCCGUGGGCGGCAUAGAUGUGGGGAGGCUCGAAGUUCAGGACAAGGACCUUCCCGGUUCUCCCAACUGGGUGGCCAAGUUCACCAUUCUGGAGGGAGACCCCAACGGGCAGUUUGCCAUUCGUACAGACCCCAAGACCAACGACGGCAUCCUGUCUGUGGUGAAGCCCUUGGACCACGAGAGCAGGGAGCGGUACCAGCUUCGAGUGGCGGUGCAGAACGAGGCCCCCCUGCAGGCGGCCGCCCCCAAGGCUGCGCGGGGCUCGGCCGCAGUGACGGUGGAGGUCCGCGACGUGAACGAGCCGCCCGUCUUCCACAGCAACCCUCUGCGAGCCAGUGUGGCCGAGGGGGCUGCGCCCGGGACCACCGUGGCCACCUUCUCGGCGCGAGACCCGGACACCCGGCAACAUCAGCGUGUCAGUUACUUUAAGGAUUACGACCCCGAGGACUGGCUUCAAGUGGACCGGGCCACUGGGCGGAUCCAGACCAAGCGCGCCAUCAAUCCAGCCUCGCCCUUCCUCAAAGACGGCUGGUACAGGGCCAUUAUUCUGGCCAGUGAUGAUGCCUCCCCGGCUCGCACAGCCACGGGCACCCUCUCCAUCGAGAUUCUGGAGGUCAACGACCACGCUCCCCUGCUGACCUCACCCACCGGCACCCUGUGCAGCGACCCCAGCCAGGGGUCUGGGCUCAUCCUCGGGGCUACCGACGAGGACCUGCCCCCCCACGGGGCCCCCUUCCACUUCCAGCUGAGCCCCAGCUCCCCCGAGCUGGCCAGAAACUGGAGCAUCAGCCAACUCAACGUGACUCACGCCUGGUUACGAUUGCGGACGGAGACUCAGGAGGGGCUGUACAGUCUGGCCCUCCUGCUCCAGGACUCGGGGCAGCCCCCCCAGCAGCUGGAGCAGCUGCUCAACGUGACCGUGUGUCGCUGCGGAGAGGCCGGAGUCUGCACUCCUGGGGCGGCCGCCCUGCUGGGUGGGGGGGCCGGCAUCAGCCUGGUGGCCCUGGUCAUCGUCCUGACCAGCGUCAUCCUUCUACUCUUGCUUAUAUUGCUGGUGGCCAUCUUUGAGCGCUUUCGCCAGCGAGUUCGGGAGAAGGGGCUGCUGGACGGGCUGCCGGAUGAUGUUCGGGACAACAUCCUCAACUAUGAUGAGCAGGGAGGGGGAGAGGAGGAUCAGGACGCCUAUGACAUAAACCAGCUUCGCCAUCCCACCGAGCUGGUGCCUCAGACGGCUUUUCGGGGGAGACAGCCCCUCCGCAAGGACGCCCCCUACCACCGGAUUCCGGCCCAGCCCUCCCGGGCCCUGCCCACCAGCCCCUCGGACAUUGCCGACUUCAUCAGCAACGGCCUAGAAGCCGCUGACAACGACCCCAGCGUUCCGCCCUACGACACGGCGCUCAUCUACGACUACGAGGGAGAAGGCUCUCUGGCAGGAACUCUCAGCUCCAUCCUCUCAAGCUUGGGGGAUGAAGACCAAGACUACGAUUACCUCAGGGACUGGGGUCCCAGAUUCACUCGGUUGGCGGACAUGUACGGGCAGCACUGAGGGGCAGGGAGGCCUUGGGAGUGGAUUGGGGGAAAGCAAGCCGAAAGGGAGAGCGAGCCUCCCGAGGGGAACGCACUGAACCUCACAGCUGCAGCCCUGGCCUUUGUGGGGCUCAGACCUUCCUGAGGCUGAGGGGCCUCUCCUUCCAUCCCAGGGAGCUUCCUGAGGGCCAGGGGAGCCUUGCCCUUCACCCCGAGCUCUACCUCCCAGGAUCAAGCCAGAGGGUCAACCCUGUAGAGGAAAUCCCUUUGCCUCCCAUAGGCUCACCCUGAGGUUCCAGAGAAGACCCUCAGGGGGACAGGGAGGGACCAGGGUCCUCAGCCCCUGACUAGUCAUGGUCCAUCCAAGUUCCAACUACGUCCAAGCUUUGGAUUGGACUUGCCUUAUUCUUAAAAGGUGGGGGGUGCUGCCUGGUACCCCAUGUGCUCAUGAGGAAGCAAAAGCUCCAUGGUGCUACUGGUUUAAACCUUCGGGGGGCAAUAGGAGAGAGGUAUCCAAAAGCCAAGAAAAAUAAUGGAAAUCCGGGGCCUGAGCCAGAGCGGCCCUCGGACGGGGAUCCUGCCUGGCUGCCCAGACCCGAGGGGUUCGGUUAGCAAGCCUCCCUCUCCACCCCCUCCCUGGCUCCCAGGCAUGGCGCGGACCCUUCUGUGAAAUUCCCCCAACAACCUCCCAUCUCAUAUUGGCCAGCUCUGUUGCUCUUUUUUGUAUAAGAGAAAUUAGCUGCGUGAGGCAGUUUGAAUUAAAAAAGAAAAAAAAAAACCAACAA